AUGGAACUCAUGGAGCUUGUCGAGAACGAGCCUACCGCUCGCCCUUUCCAGUGCGACUGGCAGUCAUGCAACAAGAGCUUCAACCGCAAGUCUGACUUGCAACGACACUACCGCAUUCACACCAACGAGCGCCCGUACUCGUGUGCGACACCCGGCUGCGGCAAGUCCUUCAUCCAGCGAAGCGCCCUGACCGUCCACAUCCGCACCCACACGGGGGAGAAGCCUCACCAAUGCCAACACAUUGGAUGCGGCAAGAGGUUCUCCGACAUGAGCUACCCCAUGCCGCAGCAAGCUCCGCAGCCUACGCACCAGCACCAACAGCUGCAGCCGCCGCAGCAGCACCAGUACGGCCACCGCCAUAGCCUGUCGUCCAACAACGCCCAGGUCUUUCACAGCAUGCCCGUCGAGGAGCAGACCCCUCAGCAGCACCCUGGUGCGCACAUGCUGCACAGGACGGCGAGCAUGCCGCAGCACUCGUACUAUGUGACGGAGCAGAGCAAUCCUGGCGUGGCGACGAUGAACACGAACCCCAUGCCCGCACAGUACCAAGUGCCCCGGCAACCGGUGGAGAGGCUGCCCAUCGAGAUCCCUUACUCGGCACCUCACCAGGCCAUGCAGAGCAGCCCGAGCAACUUCUCGGCUGGUUCUGGCCGGAGCCCGUCGGCUCAGGAAGGCUUCUACACGCAUCAGCCCACGCAGACGGCGACUUACGCCCUCCACGCCGCAUCACCCGUCGAGCACGCACAACAGCAUGCCCCGCAACACCAGCCCCAGCCGCAGAUGGUUCCCUAUGCCCAACAGGUAUCGACACAGGUACCUGCCCCUCAAGCCCAGGCGCCUCAACCCGUGCAGCAGCAGGUCCAGCAGAUGUCCCAGCACUACCCCUCACCGUCGCCUCAGCCCCAGGCCGUGGCCGAGGACUACUGGAAUGGUGCGGCCUAUCAAGCGCCGGUCGAGGUCGCCACCAUUGGCUCGCUGCCCACCUUUGGCUCUGGCACCUAUGAUCUCUGGGGCCCCAAGAUCGAGUUCGAGGACCCGUCGAUGCAGCUGCCCAGUGCCCGCAUCGAAAACAUGUGA